AUGAAGUUGUUGCGGUUAUCCGACCGGCAGAAUACCCAGGGGACGGUCAAGAUUAACCUUGUGCAAAUAUAUGGAAGGAAUCUGUUCCAGACUCCAGCUAUCUUCUGCCGAAGUUCAGACUCUGGCACAGGAUCGGGAACGUUGGAAGGUCUGUCUGAUUCGUCUGCCUCCGCAACCCGAAAGGAGAAGCGGCGAUGGAAGAUGAAGAUGAAGAAGGUUGUUGCGGUUUUGUGCAAACAUCAGACCGUCCAUUAUGAGCACCUUCUUCGAACAUCGAGGAGUGCUUCCGUAUGCCUGGUGAAGGGAAGGUUGGACACAGAAUUCGAUGACUGA